AGGGAAAUAGUUGAUAUCACCCCAGUAUGCCUCGGAUAAUUGUUUUUGACACGCCAAUAAAAGUGUCUCAUUUGAAGACUGCAAGUCAAGGUGUGCUGGCUCCUCGGUAGUAGUUAAACGAAGGUCCCUUUGGUAACAAGAUGUACUGGGUCUGGAUUUUGACAAUACUUACUUUAAGUGUUCAAACCGCGCAUGGAUUUCGGGUCAAACUUCUGAAUCAUUGCGAGGAAAUCUCUGUUCCCUUGUGCGUCCAAGUUUUACCGUACAAUUUUACCCGCUUCCCUAAUUUGGUCGGUCACCGCAGCCAAGUGUUGGCUAGACGGUCAAUAGACUAUUACAGCUCGACGUUUGUUGAAGACGCGAAUUGCGCCAAACAUACCGCGUUCUUCCUCUGCUCCUUCUACUUGCCUAUAUGCUUACCAGGAAUCGAAGAGGACGUAAUCAAACCGUGCCGAUCAUUGUGUGAGAAAAUCAAGAUGGAUUGCCCCGCGAUUAGAAAGCGAUGGCCGAGUUUUUUGAGAUGCGAAGAACUCCCCAAGUUCUCGGAUGGAGUGUGUGUACAACCCUCGUCAUUCGUACCCGCUCAUCAGCCAGAACGCGAUGUAAAGGAUAACUCAUGCGGAAUGAAACUUCCUGUUGAUUACAAGCAUUACACCAGCAAACGUUUCGAUUAUGUAAUCAAGUUCAGAGUGAUUCUCUUAGAGAGACUUGGAAAUGAAGAAACAAUAAUCCACGGAAAAGUCGCCAGAGUAUUCAAGCGCGGCGGUAAAUCAAUCCACAACGGCCGCAUAAAGAUCUGGAGUAACACCAAAAAACUUUGUCCCUCCAUUAAAGCCAGAAGAACUUUUCUGAUCUGCAGCCAUGAAAGCGCGUCAAGGGAAAAACUUUUGCUUUCAUCGUCGAGUGUAGUAGUAACGUGGAACGCACAGACUCUAAAACAGAUCAGAAAGUGGCGAAGAUAUGAAAGAAGAAUGAAGCUCAAGGAAUAAGCUUAUACAUCGAAAUGAUGUGACAAUGAUACAGAAGCACGGUGCGUUAAACCUCAGAAAGCUGUGGAAUUUCUAGAGAAAUCUGAACUAAUUCAAAAUCAAAACACGUUCUAAUAUGAUAAUGAUAUUAUUUAAUUUUAUUAUCCAGC